AUGGAAGAUAAGAAUCAGACAGUGGUGACUGAAUUUCUCUUUUUGGGCCUCACAGAACACUUCUAUCAGCAGAUUGUCCUCUUCAUCAUGUUUCUCUUAGUUUAUCUCAUCACCUUAGUGGGUAACUUCGGGAUGAUCACUCUCAUAUGGGUUGAUCCCAGACUCCACACUCCUAUGUACUUUUUUCUUAGCCACUUGUCCUUUGUAGAUAUUUGUUCCUCUUCUUCCAUUGCCCCCAAGAUGCUGUGUGACAUCUUUGCAGGGAAAAAAGGCAUCACUUUCCUGGGUUGUGCUGCACAGAUGUGGUUCUUUGGUCUCUUUGUGGCAACUGAGUGUUUUCUCCUGGCUGCCAUGGCAUAUGAUCGGUAUGUGGCCAUCUGUAAGCCCUUGUUGUAUACACUCAUUAUGUCUCACAGGAUCUGUAUGCAACUGGUGGUAGGGCCUUAUGCCAUGGCUACUAUAAGCACUAUGACUCAUACGAUUUUCACUUUUUGCUUACCUUUUUGUGGUCCAAAUAUUAUCAAUCACUUUUUUUGUGAUAUUUCUCCAUUGCUUUCCCUAGCAUGUGCAGACACCUGGAUCAAUAAGUUGGUGCUUUUCAUCCUGUCUGGAGCUAUAGGAGUGCUUACCGGUCUGAUCAUCAUGGUCUCCUAUGUUUACAUCUUGGUGGCUAUCUUGAAGGUCCAGACAGCUGAUGGCAGGCGGAAAGCGUUCUCCACUUGUUCUUCUCACCUUGCAGCUGUCUCCAUACUGUAUGGGACUCUUUUCUUUAUCUAUGUUCGACCUAGUUCAAGUUCUUCCCUGGAUAUCAAUAAAAUUAUUUCUCUAUUUUAUACCGUGGUGAUCCCCAUGUUGAACCCCCUUAUUUACAGCUUGAGGAACAAGGAGGUAAAAGAUGCAUUCAGGAGAAAGUUUGAAAGAAAAGAUUUUCUAAUAGGCAGGUAA